UGUUGUUGAUAUGUGAGACGUUAGCUCGUGUUAGCCAAAUUUCAGUGCAUCAUGGUGAAGUGAGGGUCUGGCGUGAUAGCCUGGCAGCGACAUGAGAGCCUCAGCUCUGAAUCUCCCUUCAGCAGACGGUAUUUUAGCCUCCAGGACGUUAACGCUACGCGGGGAUAUUUGUCUAUGGUGAGCGCGAGGGAGGUAACAUUAGUGCGUGUUGCUAGCUAACGUAACGUUAACUCGGUGCUAAGCUAACGUUAGCUGCUGCAGCUGUCUCAGGUGGAUAAACGGCUGAAGCUAAAGUUUAGACUCAGCUGCAGCAAAUGUCUAAGGCCCCAGGAAUGACUCUGACGCCGGAAUGGGACGACGACGAGCGGAUGAAUUGUAUGUUCUCGGACUUCAGUGAGAACCGAGAUGUCAACACGACGGACUGGGACAGUAAAAUGGACUUCUGGACGGCUCUGGUCAUUAAAGUGUGCAGGGACCGAGGCACCGUGUGUGUCAGCCUGCAGGAGCUCAACAAGACCUUCAGGAGGAAAGAAAAAUCCCCGCUGGGCUUAGCGACCGUCAUCCAGUCCAUGGCCAGAUGUGGAAAGAUCCAGAGGGAGUCGGAGUUUGCUGCCAAUGUGGACUGUGGCUGGCUGUCCUGGGGUGUUGGCCUGCUGCUGGUGAAACCUCUGAAAUGGACCUUCUCCACUCUUCUGGGAAGCAGCCGGGUGCCUCUGGAGGAGUCCUUUGUUGUCAUUGAACUAGUAAAGGAGAAAGCAGCGGAAUUACUCAGGGUGUACCGAAGCAGUGAAUAUGCAAGCUGCUCCAUCCUGUCAUUUCAAGAGCUCUGCACUCUCUCCUCUGACGUCUGUGCUGAUGAGAGCACCCUGUGCAUGGCUCUGCUGCAGCUGCAGAGGGACAAGCAGGUGACCGUUUCAUUGCACGAAGGCGAAAAGAUUGUUAAGUUUUGUCAGGAUGGGCAAGAUCAUGUUUCUCCAGUCAGUGAUGUGGAUAUGGGCAUCUACCAGCUGCAGCGCAGUGAGAAGCUGCUGGGAGAGCGGGUGGAGAAACUGGGCCUCGAGGCUGACAAGUGCAAAGAGGAAGCAAGGCUGCUGCUGCGGGAAGGCAAAAAAUCACAGGCUCUGAGGAGUUUAAGAGGCCGCAAACGGGUAGAAAAGAGAGCCGACAGCUUGUUUGCUAAACUGGAGUCAAUCAGAGGAAUCCUGGACAGAAUCGCUCAGUCACAGACCGAUAAGAUGGUCAUACAGGCGUAUCAGGCCGGAGUGUCGGCGCUCAGACUCUCUCUGAAGGACGUGACCGUGGAGCGUGCCGAGAGCCUCGUGGAUCAGAUCCAGGAGUUAUGUGACACUCAAGAUGAGGUGAACCAGACUAUCUCCAGUGGCGUGACCGGCGCAGAUGAAGACAUGGAUGAGUUGGAGAAGGAACUGAAAUCUUUGUUGGACGAGUCAAAGCCGGAUUCCGUCUCAGGUUUACCCGAAGUUCCAACAAACCGUCUGCGAGCCUCCGAGGAGCCGAGCGUCCCAGGUACCGACCCGCUCAGCUCUCUGCCUGCAGUACCUUACCGCCACCUGGAUAUUUCUGCUGAGCAGCUGGAGGAAGAACUAAACCAGUUAACACUUACAGAUUCAGGCGUUCAGCAGAAGAAAAUGACAUCGCCAGCCAAGAGAUUAGAGCCUGCACAGUGAGGCAAGUUUGAAGCUCUGCACCAACAUAUCAGACUGCAUCUCCUAAACCUUUUCUGUGACAGAGUUCAUAGAAGUAAAAAAAAAAAAAAAAAAGUACUGAGGAACUACAUUAGCAAUCGCUAAAUCAUAAUUGUAAGAGUUUUAAAAUCAAUAUCAGGAUUAAAAACAAGGCACUUUCCUUCAUUAAUGAAAAAAAAAGCCUUUUCUGUUGUGACAUGCCAAAAAAGGAUUUUAUUUUUUUGUAAGUGAACAUGCAGUUAACUCGAGAGCUUUUAGAUCUGCUCUGUCAUCAGGAUCUGAAGGAUCUCAAGUCAAAAGUGAGCAUUUUAUCAGUUUAAAGUAUGCUCUUUGGUAUGGCGCCAGGAAAGCUUUUAAUUUUGUGGUAUUUUUGACGAUAGUGUGAACAAGUAUAUUUGUCGUUUGUAGUGUGUGUUUAUCGAUGGACGGUCCUGUAAAGUGUAUUAAGUGGCCUUUUCAACUGUAAAUGUGAAACUGAAAGUAAAGAGAAUAUUAUGCCAAAUGAUUAAAUCAAUAAGUAUAUUUAGUCUCAAUGCAACAUACCUGUGACAACUGAGAAGCCUACCUUAAGUGAGUUUAACCAAAUAUGUUUCUCAAAAAUAAAAUUUAUUUUAAUCACU